AUGGCCACCAACGGGGAUGUAUCCCCCGGGUGGAACGAAUCGAGGCAACUCGGCCAAUUGUUUAUGAUGGGCUUUGAUGGCACUUCUGUCACCGACGAUGUCAGAACGUUGAUCGAGAAGUACCACGUAGGCUCGAUUCUUCUCAAGGCUCAAAACCUCAAAUCUGCCGAACAGGCGACUCAGCUUGUUCUUGAGUUGCAGACCCUCGCGCGCCGCUCUGGCCAUCCCGUUCCCCUUCUCAUUGCCUUGGAUCAAGAGAAUGGCGGCGUCAACAGCCUCUACGACGAGGUCUUUAUUCGCCAGUUCCCCAGUGCUAUGGGUGUCGCUGCUUCGGGCUCCAAGAAGCUGGCCAAAGACAUCGCACGCGCUACCGCCCAAGAGUUGAACUCGUGCGGCAUCAAUUGGAUCAUGGGUCCUGUGCUCGAUGUCUUGACUAAUGCGAGAAAUCAACCUCUAGGUGUCCGUUCAAUCGGCGACAACCCGCAAGAAGUCUCUGCUUACGGCGUUGAGUGCAUUCGAGGAUAUCAGGAAGGAGGAGUUGCCACCUGUGGCAAACACUUCCCUUCGUAUGGCAAUCUCGAAUUCUUUGGUGCCCCGGACGACGUGCCUACUAUCACCGAAUCGCUGGAGGACAUGAGCCAGAGUGCCCUGGUACCUUUUCGAACUGCGAUUGCACAAGGUCUUGAUUCGAUGAUGGUGGGAGGCGUCGCCAUGGCCUUCUCACAGGUCAAUGUCAUGCAUGCCUGCCUUUCUGAGCAAAUUGUGCGUGAUCUAUUGCGCAAUGAAAUGCAAUUCGAAGGGGUCGUGGUCUCAGAAUGCCUCGAGAUGGAGGCACUCAGUCGCAACAUAGGUAUUAGUGGAGGGACAGUCAUGGCAUUUCAAGCGGGCUGCGAUUUGAUACUCACCUGCAGAAGCAUGUCAGUCCAGGAAGACGCCAUCAACGGUCUGAAGACUGGUUUGGACAAUGGCAUGAUUGACAGGACUCGAGUGCAAGAAUCUGUUCAAAGGAUCCUCAACAUGAAGGCGAAGUACACGUCGUGGGAAAAGGCUUUCUCUCCACCUGGGAUUGAAAAUCUUGCACGGCUACAGCCGAUUCACACCACUCUGUCGACCACAGCGUACAACAAAUCCAUCACAGUUGUUCGAGAUGAGAAACAUUAUCUACCGCUGUCCAGAGUAGUCAAGGCUGAAGAAGAACUUCUCCUUUUGACGCCAUUGGUGAAACCUCUUCCAGCAUCGGCUAUAUUCCACCAAAUGCAACAUGAACUGUCUGCUGCACCAUCGUUCAGUCGGAGCCCUAGCGUCGAUGCCAACACUUCGAUCAUGAGCGGCGAGCAAGUAUUCCGAGAACUUGGCCGGUCCUUAGCCAGACAUCGGAACGGCAAGAUAUCCCACACCUCGUACACAGCGAACGGUGUCAGACCUCUGCACGAAAACCUGCUAAACCGUGCACAAGGAGUGGUCGUUGUCACUGCAGAUGCUGGCAGGAACAUGUACCAAAAUGCAUUUGCAAAACACAUUUCAAUGCUCUGCAAGCUGGCCGUCGGACCAGAUGGACGGCCUAGGCAGAAACCUUGUGUCGUGGUAGCUGUCAGCUCUCCUUUUGAUUUCGCGGCGGAUUCCUCAAUAGGGACAUACAUCUGCACCUAUGACUUCACUGAGACCGCCCUUCGCGCCCUCGUCCAAGUUCUCUAUGGUGAACUGAAGCCAACAGGAGUAUUACCGGGAGCCUUUGGCCAGAAACCACAAACUAAUCACUACCGGCAGCAGUGGCUUGUAGAGAGCUUCAGCGAGGAUCGGGACUCAGCCGCGCUUGAUGUUUUAAUCGCCCAAUGUCAGAAUGACUCGUCAGUGCAUGCGGUGCUGCUCAACAAUGUCUUUAGUGGGACUUUUCUCCUUCGAGAUCCAGACGUCGAAGAAGCGCAUUUUGUGGUCCGAAACAGCAGCACUAAGGAGCUUUUUGGAUUCUGUGCAACAUAUUACUCCAAGAGCAGCGCCAUCGGCCACAUUGGGGCUAUUAUUGUUGAUCCUGCUCGGCGGCAACUGUCAAUUGGCCAUUCAUUGCAUGACCGAGCCGUCCGAGCCCUCUUGCAGAAGAAGGGCGCCGCCAAAUUUCAAUUGGGGGCCAGGUUUCCCAGCGUGUUUUUGGGCAUACCCAAACUUGGUCCUGUUGAAUACAAAAAACUACGGCAAUGGUUCGCGAAGCUGGGUUGGAACACAGCGCUGUCGAGCUCUGUGGCCACCAUGAUAAUACGCGAUCUAUCCACAUGGUCAGUUCCAGAAGGGCUUGGUCAGAAGUUGGCCAACCCUGACGUAAAAUUCGACCUUGUUUAUGGCAACGAAUACAACGAUGUCAUGAUGGAACACCUCCAACGCUGUGCCCGAGACGAUGUGCGAUGGAUUUAUCAGAUGGCCAUGAGCAACAAGGAGGGUUGCGGCAUCAUUCGAGCCAAAAAAACAACAGAUCAGUCAAUACUGGGAUCUAUACUCGUUUGUCGGUCGGAAUCAAAGAUAGCAAAGUACAUUCCCUCGCUAUACAAGCAAACUGGGGUGGCAUGCAUCUCUUCGCCAGUCAUAUCGACAAUGUUUGGCGACAGAAGAUCGCUGUUUCAGGGACUCGUUUUGUUAGGCAUCAAACAAUUCAGGAAACAGGGGUUGCGGUCUGUCCUCCUCGACUAUAUUCGAGAAGACCCGACUGCAGAUAGCCUCAAAGCCUUGGGCUUUACUGCUAUAAAUACAUUCGACGAGGUUUCCAGCGAACCCCUGCACUGGACGAUGAUGCCUGGAACGUAA